AUGACUCCACUCGUGGAGCUCUUCCUAAAGGCCUCCUCUGCUGAUGCCGGCGACAGGGGCUCCUGUCCGCUGUCACACAAGUGGUUCAUGGUCUUCUACCUCCUGGUGGAACGGCAUGCUGUCAAUCUGCGCAUUAUUCCCGUCUGCACGGCCAAUCCGCAGAGGGAGUACUCCGAGCUAUUUUCCGGCAGGCGUCUCCCCGCCGUGGCCAUUUACGAUGAACACAAUGAAGGCAAGAAGACGACGGGUCCGUCCGCCGUCUAUGCGGGCAACGAUGAGUUGGAGGAUCUGAUGCGUCAGAAAUUCAGCGGGCACAUCAACGUCGACACUGAGGUUCAGUGGGUUAGCUGCAAUCUUCUUCGAAAUCUGAAUAGCCUUCUUCUGACGGGGCAGACUCGCGCACUCCUCUCAGACCUCCAGGAGUUGGACAACUUUAUUUCGAAAGUAAGUGGAAGGUAUUAUUUUAGGAGAAAACAGACUGGCUGGACGAAACCGAGAAUCUUCUAUGGAAAAAGGCCAGCACAAAGUACGAGCAAAUUAAGGGAAACCAGCAUAUAGUAGGUGGUCCAACUAAUGAAAUAUCAACCGAAAUUCCAAAAUGUAUUUUUGUUUCGAAAAGAUAAAUUAAGUACCUUUGUUAAACUAGUCAGCACGCAACAUAAUUCUCUAAUAUUUCAGUUAUCUCCUGAUGCCGGCUUUCGAAUGAACCUCCUUCCGGUUGCAUGCAAUAACGACACACUGUAAAAAAGGACUACUUAAGCAACAUGAAUUUUUCUCAUUGAUUUUGGAUGCUCCCAAACGUCCAUUUAUAUUUCAUGGAAAACGUGAAAAAAAAUUUUCAUUCUUUUGUUAAUUCAGUUGAAACGUACGUCUUCUUCUAAAUCUGUAAUAGAAGGAGAGACACAGUUCUGUGUUAAAAAAAACUUUUAAUUGUGGGACUUAAAUACCGUGAAAUGGCCGUUCACAAAUCGUCAUGUCUCUGCAUUUAAGAAUGUGGUUCGUAAAGUUAACGAUAUUGAUCAAAUCCACUGUCAAAUUUUAUGAGCCCUAUAUUGUUCCCCCUUACUACCGUAGAGAAAUGCGUGUUCUUUUGUACGCGGAAAAUAUACGACUUGUAGUUUGAAAACUCUGAAUCGAAGUGUAGCGAUAGAGGGGGGGCAAAAUUAUUUAGGAAUUGGAAAAGUUUCCUCAAACCGUAUUAUACCCCUUCUUUAAUCCUGAAAUUGGAAGAAGACGUAAUUUUCUACCGAAUAAGAACAAAAAUGAAUAUUUUAUGCAUGUUUUCCACGAAAUAAGAUUGAACUUUUAAGGAUAUAGGAAAUCAAUGAGAAAGAUUCAUGCUUUAUAAGUAAUUAUUUUUACAGACUGUAGUUUUUGCAUGCAGCCGGAAGGAAGUUCGUUCGAAAGCCGGCAUCCUGAGGUAACUUAAAUAUUAUAGAAUUAUGUUGCAGGCCGACAAGUUUUACAACCCUACUUAAUUAAUCUUUUCGAAGCGGAACCGCAUUUCGGAAUUUCGGUUGACAUUUCAUGAAUUAGCUCACCUAUUGUACAUACGCAGUCAGAAAGUUUUAUGGGACCCUAUAGAUCCUGUUUACGGUAGCGACAGGAGCAAUGGCUGAUCCAUUUUCCCCUGACCGAUAAGGAGGGCACAACAGCUCCUGUACGAUAGUUCAGCUGGACUAGACAACGUUGACGCUCCACUUUGCGGGUCAGGUAACUGGAAAUGUCGAUUAAUGUGCGGUGCUGCCACUAGGGAAUCCUGAACUAUGGUUUUUAGAUCGCCAUGAGGUCCACCUCCUGAUUUUGUGGCACAUAAAACCGCACUGACUGCUCCUAAAGUGUCUGUCCGUAAAGGCGUGAAAAUGUACUAAAACCUUAGAUUUUUUGAAAAAACCUUUCGUGUUUUUUGGUCACCUAGGAGAGGAGUUUUGUACUAAUGUUGUUCGCCUACCCUGAAAAUCCUACCUUUUUACGUUUACCACGAAAAGAUCCUACAUAUACUUUCGUUGUUACGUUGUUACGUCUGGAGGUUAUUCAACGCACUAAAACAUCUGUAUGUAGUACAGGAUGGAGCAAGUAAUCGAAUUCUGCACACUAAUGACAGACACAGCUUGCUAAACUGGACAAUUACGCCGUUGUGGACCGUCUAACGUACACAUGCCUCGUUCAGGUGACUAAACGAACGUAAACCAUCGACUCGUUGUUUCGUCAUUCCUGCCUAACACUUCCCAUUGUGGCGUCCAAGAGUAUGACAGGGCUUUAGACCACACCCUGCAGUGGCUGUGCUAACUCCUGAAAUACUAACCGAAAUUCUGAAAUGUUUUUUUCGAUUUGAAAUGAUCACCUAAGUUGGCUUGUAGUUCUGGUUAUCCACCAUACAAUACUGACAUAAUCCCCAAAACAUUUGCUAUAAACACGAGACCAGCUCGGGAGAACUUUUUUUUUCAGGUUUACAGAAAAACAGACUGGAAAACGGAAAAAGUGCUUUUUCACCAAGUAGAUCUCGUUUUUCUUCUAAACAGCUUUGUUCAGUUUCUCAAUGUUAAUUUUAAGCCAGCUUUCUUAAAGAGCAUGAAAAUAGCAAUUAUUUUAAGCAUUAUUGGGAUAAAUGUAUCCACGUAAAGGCUCCGAUUAAAACUGUGGAAUUGUUCCUCUAUCCAAGUUAUUGCAUCUCCAAUUUAUAAAACUUUAUAACGAUCCGGUUAUUUUUUUAAAAUCUUGUUGCAAUAAAUAACACUGGAAGAAACGUCAAAAAUUAUGAAGUAAUGGGAAAAUUUCAUCACACGAGAUUUGAUUGUGUUUGAGUGACUUUGCUGUAGAUUGUUUGGAAGUCCCAGCCUUAUACUGAACGUAGCAACCCUCAGCCUUUGUGGCUGAAUUAAAUUCUACUACACGACAGGUAAUGGAAUAAAUGUCUAACUCGACUGUGUCCAGUACGUACGUAGUCUUUAACGCAUUGAGGGCCAAAGGCGCACUCUUACAUUACAAAAUGUCCAAGCUUUUUUACUUAAACUGUCCACUGUUCUCUCGCUAUCUGCUUGCACUGAUCAGUUUUGCAGACAAGUGCGUCAUACAUUUUCUGCGCAUGGGAAGACUGUCCAGUUAGGGAGCUUUUUCAUCUUAAAUACAAGAACAGUCGUGGAGCUGACGCAGUUUUGUCCCGUCGUCCAAUUUCUGGUCGCCAGAAACUUUGACCUCCAAACGAGGACAGCCAUACUGCUGCUCUAUAGGUAUAAUAAUGUGAUCAAACGUGUUGAUUGGGACAUUCGGAAUCAAUUUAACCGCGCUGCUAAUAAGGUGCGGUAGAUUUUUGCAAAAACCACGCCGACCCAUCCUACUGAAAUUGGCGAGUCAGGAGAAGUAGAAGUAUAAGCUAAGAUCUAUAGGGGGCAACGGUAUAGAGAAGGACCCCAGUUAACUGUCAGUAGACAGUGGGUCGUGUCAUAUGGGGUUUUAUCUUGGCAUACAUUUGCAGGUCGUUGCAGAAAUUACACUGCCAAUAACAAUUACUUGCCGCGACCUCACAUCUCAGCUCAAAAUCCGUUAUUUUUUAAAAUUUAGUUUUUGUUUGUUGUUUAAUUACCAUUCUCAUUUCCGUUGUCGUGCAAUAACGUAGGAUGAGACUUUUGACAUAAAUCCAGGCAAUUUUUGUGUUUUCUUCCAUUUUGUCAGCUUACUGUCUAGAGUGCUGCCCCACCCAUAAAGCUCCCUUUGUAAUAAGUCACGCAUGGCACGAUCCACAGUCUACUGACAGUUAAGUGGGGUCCUUCUCUAUACCGCUGCCCUAUAAGAAUUACAUGGAGGUUCAGUCGACGGAUCAAAAUAUACCGCGUUUUCCAAGGGAUGGGCGCAGCGUGGGUGACUUGCUCGUGAAUCCAAAUACUCGAUAUCCUUUCCCUCACCCGCUUAUGGAAAGGCAGAGUUAAAACGACUAGAAGUGAACAGAGCAGACCCACUGGGAAUCCUGAAGGACCAGGAAAUGCCUUGUUUGCGACAGGUGCAUCCUGGACGACCCCCACCGGAAUGCUUUGGCCUACUUCAGCGUCGCGCCAAUUAUCCGAGGAGCAAAAAGAGUUAAAGCACACAUUUGGGCCAAUCAACGCAGAGCGAACUAUCGAUUUGUGCUAAGGUCCGGUGUCGCACAAUUCUUCCCCUCUUCGUUGGUCGCCCUUCAGGGAGGGUUGCUGUAUUGCUAGUUCCAGUCGGCUAACCGAACUGCAUGACCCGGAGAUGCGCAUAACCUUUUUGCAAAUGAAAUGACUCAACUUGUGGUCUGCAGAGCACUCGUUGCCUGUUCAAAAUGCGGGCUCUGUUUUCGGCCUCGUCUUCAUCAUUCCGAACUUGAGAGAGUCAGCUGUUCAGGUACGCCGCAUGAUGGUAACAACAGACGUAUUAUCAUCAUGGUUCCCUACGGUCAGUUGCUGUGAGUCAAGAUUUGACUGCAUCCAAUCGAGUCUGGAGCACUGAGCUCAGGAACCAGUCCAGUCGGGAAAGUACGCCAUCUUUUUGCCGCAACAUGGCCUCUGUUUUAGCUUUAUAACCUUCUUCUUGCAGGUAUCUUUAGCAUAAGCUAGUCUCCACGUUUGUCAGUCAACAACGCCUGAUGGGCCACUGGUACAGGCGUCCAAUACCCUUCCGGGACCGUUUUCGCUGUACUAUGUCUAAGAGUGAGCGAUCUCAUGAAAUGUUGGCUGAAAUUCUGAAAUGCCUUUUCGAUUACGAAGGGUUACUUAGGCGCGGUUGUAGUGCAGAUUAUCUUGUGGCAUAAUCCUAUAAUAUUUCAGACUCGGCCGGAUGUCAGCUUUUGAAUGCACUGCUGGCCAAUCUUCUGUAGAAACCGUACUCGGUAAAAAAGACUACUUAAGUGACAUGCGUUUUUCCCAUUGAUUUUCGAUGGUCUUGCAAAUUCAAAUAUAACUUAUGGAAACCAUAAAUUAAAAUAUGCUUUCUUUCAAUUUUUUGAUAAAGAAUCACGUCUUUUUUAUAUUUAUACUUGAAGAAGGAGUAUAAUUAGAUUUUAAAAAAGUUUUCUAAUCCUCGAAUAAUUUGGAGCCUGAUCAGUCGUUACAUUAGCGCUUAGUGGUUUCCAUAUACAAGGUGCACGCGUUCCGCGUAAAGAAAAUCAUAUAUUUUUUAUCCCUUUAAAAAGAUACCAUACAGAGCUCAGAAAAUUUUGCAAUGGAUGCGGAAUAUGUUGUACAUUUCAUGAGGAGCUGUGGUAAACGGCCAGGUACGAUGCUAUGGAAAUAGACAUUGCGCGGUCUUAAAGAAUCUCCAAAUUAGAAAACUUUUUUUAAAACCCAAUUAUACUCCUUCUUCGAGUAACAAAUAUAAAGAUGACGUGAUUCUGUAUCAACUGCGUCAGCUGCAUCAACUGUUCAUGUUUUUUUAAAAAUAUAAUUGAAUUUAUAAGACCAUCAAAAAUAAAUUGAAAAAUGCUUGCUACUUAAGCGCUCAUUUUUGACGAGUACUAACUCCACAGAAGUUGGAAAGGCAGGGUAUUCAAAAGGUGACAUUCUGUCGAGUCCAAAAUAUUAUUGGAUCAUGCCGCGAGAUAAUCAAUAUUACAACCGCCCUUAAGUACUCCCUUCUUAUCGAAAACGCGUUUCAGAAAUUUAGCCAAAAUUUAAUGAGAUCGGUCGCUCAAUGUCUCACUUCAGUGACUCCUUAUUAAGGUGAACUCUAUGGCGUUCUGACACAGAUGGGAUCUGAGACGCCUCCUUCUUGAUUCUGUGAAAAUGCCGUCCAUUGUGCGCGGAUCGGACGUGUUGCACGCGUAGGCCUCCUGUUUGUUCACUGAGCCCGAGCCCAGUCCUAUCGACUCUGUCUUGUCAACAGGCCCAGCAGGGUUGGGAAGGAGUUUUUGCGGCAUGCCAUCAAGCGCAAAUCACCGCCCUGCGUCCAUCACAUUGUGGGGCACAUGGUGUAGACAUCGUCGUUCGCGACGACCGAAUUGUCGACUGACUAUACGAUGGGUGGGCUAACUCAUUAAAUGUCAACCGAAAUUCCGAAAUGCGUCUCCGUUUCGAAAUGAUCGUGCAGCAUAGUUUCAGUUCCCUCAGGAUGCCGGCUCUGGAGCGAACUCCUUUCAGGCUGCAUGUAGAAACUAAAUUUUGUAAAAAAAUGACUACUUAAAUAGCGUGCAUUUGUCGCGAGGAUUUUCGACGUCCUUAACAACUCAAAUAAAUUUUAUGGAAUAAAUCCAUAAAAAUAUUCAUUCUUCUGUUUAUUCGCAGAAAAUCACGUCUUCUUCCAAUUUGAUACUCGAUGAAAGGGUAUAAUUCGGUUUUUAAAAACGUUUCCAAUUCCCGAAUAAUUUAGAACCCGAUCUGCCGUUACACUUGCAUUCAGAGUUUCCAAACUAUGAGUCUUAUAUUUUCCGCGUUCGCAAAACCAUACACUUCUCUACCGUAUAAAGAGGAGAUCGUAUGGGGUUCAUAAAAAGAAGCAGCGGAUUUGAACCAUACUAUUAACUAUACAAACCACAAUGGUAAAUGCAUAGACGACGUUUUAUGAACGAGCAUCUCACGGUAUAAAAACACCUAACAAUUAGAAACUUUUUAACAACCGAAUUAUACGCUUCCUUCGAGUAUAAAACUAGAAAAAGACAUGACAUUCUACUGAAUGAGCAAAAGAAUUAAUAUCUUUUGCAUUUUCUGGAUAAAAUGCAAUUGAAUUUUUAAGAGCAUCGAAAAUUAUAGAGAAAAAUGCAUGCUACCUAAGCAGUCAUUUUUACAGUGUGCAGUUUCUGCAUGCGGCCGAAAAGAUUUUCGUUCGAACGCCGGCAUUCUAAGGUUACUGAAUUAUUAUGGAAUUAUGCUGCUCGAUGAUUGGUUUUACAACGCUUCUUAAUUAAGCAGUUCGAAAUGAAAACGCAUUUCGUCAUUUCUGUUGACAUUUUAUGAGUUAGCCCACCUACUGUACAUGCUGUUUCUUCACCCCUAUCAUUGCCACUAGCCAGUGUUAUGAGCCAACUGGAAUUUAAAAAAAAAGUUAAGCAGUUUUUUACAAUCAGACAUCUCCUCGACUAUCAUUUAGACGCACACCACCUACCUGGAGUCUGACAGCGUCGCCUACGCGGACUGCGUCAUCGCCACCAAGGUGCAGCAGGUCCGUGUGGCCGGUCACUUCUACGGCAACUUCUGCAUUCCGCCCGAUCUGCGCUGUUUGUGGGCCUACAUGUCGCACAUCUACGCUGUGCCAGCCUUCCAGAUCAGUUGUCCAUCCGACCGAGACAUUCUGCUGCACUACUUCGACAAGGUGGCCUUCCCGCAGGCCGCGGACCGUACUGCCGUCCAGAGACGAAUCCUGGCCCUAGAGGAGAGCCAGCGCUCUCUCAGUAUUCCUCCAGCGCUCCCAAACUCUGCGGGGAGCGGCAGCAGCAGCAGUGCAGUCCUAGGGGCUGACCAAACAGCGAUGACGACGAGGGUCUUUGAUCAGGCCAUGGUGCAGGACCUGUUGAAAAAGCAGGUCACAUUCGGACCACUGCCUUAG